CAAAACCUGACGUCAAAUGAUUGACUUUGAUGAUGUCAGUGAGUGCAUCUAUAAAAGCGGAAUAGGAAUAAGACCGGAUUUCAAUCAUGGAUUCUACUCGUAUAUCAGUUUCCGCUCUUGGCCGCGAUGUGAUUGUGGGAGAUUUUUACAAUUACUACACCGACGAUAUCCUCAAAAGUAGCAUCUUAGUGCCGAGAGAGUACGUCCACAUCGAACACAAGUUGAUGCCGGAGACGGAACGUUAUUUCUUCUUUAACCAACCACCAAAGUACAAAGCGUCGUUGCUCGGCAUCAAUUCUCAUUUGAAACAGAGCAUCGAACAAGGCUCAGUGGAUUUAAAUCUCCUUUGGUUCGCUGAUUUCCUGAGGGCAGAUCCGUCAGAAGACGAGCACAAUGAAGCGCUAGUCACCGUCUUCUUCCGCGUAGUCCGACGCACUGAGACCCUCGAUCAACAGUUUAUCAAUUCCAAAAUGUACGAUUAUCAGGUGGAGAGUGGCGGCUGGGCCACACAUUUAGUGGAACAGGUCGUCUACGGUGCUGAAUUGAUCUGUUCUAUGCGAAGAGCCGUUGAUUGGCAAAGGGAAACGAAGGAAAGUGCCGAAGAAAAUAUUUAUUUAGUGGCCAAAGCUUAUUUUGAUUACAUCAUCGGUCCGAAAGCGACCAGCACUGAACCGCCAGCUGAACUGGAAAAAGUAUCGUGCCGAAUUCUCAGCAGCCUGGAAGACGUCUACAUGGUGGACAGUUCAUUUCGACAAUCUUGUGAAUUCCUCAGAGAUGUUAUCAAUUUUAAAGAAGAUAACCAACCCGCCACGUUAUGGCGUCCUAUCUACAUCGUCCGGCGCCAGAUACCGAGCCAAAUUGAAACCCGCAUUUUGUUGGACAGGAUCGUUGAUAAACGAUUGAAAAUCGAAAGGAAAUUGCAUUGGAUUAUGAAGGAGAGCCGCAGGAUAUCGAAACAUCCAUUUCUCAAUCGAAUUCCUCCACUAGAAAAAGCAAUGUUCCAGUUUCUCGAUUUACUCGACUUGGCCGAGAAGGAAAUUAUGAAGUGUGACGUCAAUGUUGUUGCGAAAAAAUGCAGUCAAGACCUCAGCUCUCAAGAUAAGAUUUUGAACGACGUUAAAACUGUUUCGGACUGUGCCCUUUUGGCCGAUAUGGUGGACUGGUUGAUUAAACGACGUGGAGAGAUCGAUGCGAUUUAUCUGCUGUUAAAAGGCAGCCAGAUGAACGUGUUGGAUAUGACAGAGAUCGAAUCACGAACGCCAUCAAACAUCGAGAAGCGUGCCAGAGUUUUCAUUUUGAAAAUUGACUACGUUCCAGACCCGUUAAUGGAACGUCUUCAGAAUCUUGUUGGUAAUACAGAACCGGUUAUUAAGCUGCCCAUUUUUCCGGCCAUUUCAUCUGGCAAAGAAAGACAAGGGAUGAUUAGCAAAGCGUUUCAUGGAUUCUCAGAAGAGGCACGCUGGUGUUCCAACGAAAAUAACAGCUAUCAGAUAGGACUGGUUCCAGUUGCGUCACCUCUAGCCGAUGCAGCCAUCAAAACGAUAUUAUAUCCCGCCGUGGACGUGUCCAAAGCCCGUUUGCCCAGUCCAACGGAAAUACCUUUAGUCAUCCAAGAAGAACAUCAAUUGUUGUGUUCAGUGACCAGCUCACGUCCGCCCCAUUCUCCUAGGAGACUUGCUCCCGUUCCAAAAAAAAUGCAUCAUUCCAAUGAAAAAGUAGCUAACUUUCUGCUAAAAAGUGUCACCAUGAUUUCUUCUGAUAAUUUUUAUGAUGACAAGUGACGAAAGAGGCAAAGUUUGUUUGCUAAUACGCCACCCAAUUUCUACCCGACAGGCAAACGAAGUUGAGGACGAAGAGGAAUUCUUUUUUAAUUUGAUCAGUCAAUCCCAAUCGAAACGAAUGGAUGAUCAGCGCUGCUCGCUGGCAGUCUUCGGUGAACAAGAGGGUCGACGAUCACGCACGCC